AUAUAUUUAUACAGGCAAUGUGCAACGGUCGUCACCCGUAUCAUAUUGACGGAAUUCAUGGCGAGAUGCCAAAUUGGAUGAGCUACAGGGGAGAAGGAUGCUCAUUGACAUUCCAUAUACCUCCAGUCUUCCAAGGCUUAGUUCUUUGGUUUGUCCAUCCACUUGAGAAGGGUGAUCGUUAUGACUUCAACACUGACAUUAUUAUGAUUAUAAGAAAUAAAAAGAACGGUAUUCAAUUGUUUGAAUGUAAGCAAUGGUAUCCACCAGCAACCGAGGGAUGGAUAAGAUACAUAAGUAGAAGUGAAAUGGCAAUGGAAGAUUACCGUGGAGAUGACGACCUGGAACUAUACUUUUCAUCAGAGCGAGCAGAGCAUGCGGUGCGCAACGGUUGGCCAGUCGAACCCGUACACAUUAAAGAAUGUGGGGUCCAUGUGAUCGCAGGGAAGUCAGACUCAUUUAAAAAGUCAGAAGUGAAAAGAGAUGCAGUGAUGCCUUCACCACCACCAUAUCAUCUGCUUCCUCAUCCCCAUUGUGGUUCAAUUACAGCGUCUACACCUAAGCAAUGGAGUGACUAUUUAUUUGCGAAGCUGCAAGGACAUAGCCUCGAUUUAAUAUUUGAUGGUUUUUCAGCGGAGAGAAUGGCUUAAAUGGAUGUGAGAGCACAAGAUCAUUUCACGGAGAGAUGUUUAAAGUUACUCCAAAACAAUAUGGUAUUUUUGUGUGAUGAGUUGAUAUGUAUUUGAAGUUCAUUUUCCAAACUUGGAAGUUCCAUCGGAUGUUCUUUGAAAUCUUUUUCAUUCUAUUUGAAAUUGGACAACCUAGUUGUUAUUA